CACCUGUCGCCUAGGAACUGUGACUUCACAAAGCACAGGUUUCCAAGGCUCUCUUCUCCCAUCCCAGCUGUUCAGACUCUGCAAUUGGACAUUCAGUUCCAGAACUCUCUCUUCCCUCCCCGCCCACAGUUCCUGGGACUGUUGUCUGGGUCUGACUCUCUGUGUGUUGGUGCAGGCAUGGAUGGGAAGAAAUGCAGUGUCUGGAUGUUUCUACCACUUGUAUUCACUUUGUUUACGACAGCCGGGCUGUGGAUAGUAUACUUCAUAGCUGUGGAAGAUGACAAAAUCUUACCACUAAAUUCACCUGAAAGGAAGCCUGGGGCGAAGCAUGCACCCUAUAUAAGGUAGCUCGGCUGACGGCCCCACCGCAGCUGUGUGUUUAGUCAAGUCAUGAACAUGGCGGCCUUCCUAGCCCUGGUGGUGGCCGUUCUGCGCUUCAUACAACUGAAACCAAAGGUCCUAAACCCCUGGCUGAAUAUCAGUGGACUGGUGGCCUUGUGUCUGGCUUCCUUUGGAAUGACCUUACUCGGUAAUUUUCAGCUCACCAACGAUGAGGAAAUCCAUAACGUGGGGACUUCCUUGACCUUCGGGUUCGGCACGUUGACCUGCUGGAUCCAGGCUGCGCUGACCCUCAAAGUCAACAUCAAGAACGAGGGCCGGAAAGUCGGAAUUCCACGAGUCAUCCUGGCGGCCUCCAUCACUCUCUGUGUGGUCCUCUACUUCAUCCUGAUGGCUCAGGGCGUGCACAUGUACGCGGCCCGCGUGCAGUGGGGCCUGGUCAUGUGCUUCCUGUCCUACUUCGGCACGCUGGCCGUGGAGUUCCGCCACUACCGCUACGAGAUUGUGUGCUCCGAGCACCAGGAGAACUUCCUGAGCUUCUCCGAGAGCCUGUCGGAAGCCUCCGAGUAUCAGACCGACCAGGUGUGACCCGCCAGCUCGUCCCUGUGCCGGGGCAGGGCGGGCGUGCGGGCUGGGGACGGGCAGGAGGACAGAGUCACGGGGCUCCCCACGUGACCUCGAGACACAUUCUUUUUUUAACACGCACGUUCACGGCCACAUCUGCCACACGAGCUUUUCCGGGGCGGGUCGUUUCUUCAGCGGGAAAGCACGAGCCCUCGCGCACCGAAGACACACGCCUGUCACCCGGACACACGUUGUCACUGCACGGCAGAUGCACGGUCACUGGUGCACGGUCACCUGUCUUCCCUCUCCCUCUGCUCUUCUCACUCCCGUCGUGUCCCAGACGCGGUGACAUCGCCCGGCCAGCGGUGGGAGGACGCCCAGCCCCCAGGUGGCCUCCGGUCCCCAGGGCUUGAAGGAACCAGCCGGUGACGAACGUCCGAACCCGGCACUGGUGUUCGGGGAAGGGUGGCAGCGUGACGCCCAGCGGGACAGAGGCCGAGCGCCGUGACCCUGUGUGGCCCGUGCCAAGGCGUGCACCCCCGUGACACCUCCCGAGACAGCCCCCUUGGUGGCCGACCGGCCAGCCGUGUGGCUCCUGUAAAA